GCGAGGCCCGCUCCCAUGGCCGCGGCGGUGGCGGCGGCAGCGGUGCUGGGCGGGGGCCUGCUGCUGGCAGCCUGGCGCUGGCUGCGGCCCGCGGCCCGGCCCGGCGCCGGCUCCGCGGCCUCCAUGCGGGGCAAGACGGUGAUCAUCACCGGGGCCAACAGCGGGCUGGGCCGGGCGGUGGCCGCCGAGCUGCUGCGGAUGAGGGCCCGGGUCAUCAUGGGUUGCCGGGACCGGGCGCGGGCGGAGCGGGCGGCCAGCGAGAUCCGAGCCGAGUUAGCCGAGCGGGAGGCGGCCGAGGGCGGUGGGGAGCUGGUGGUCCGGCAGCUCGACCUGGCCUCGCUCAGCUCCGUGCGGGACUUCUGCCGACAGGUCCUCCAGGAAGAGCCAAGGCUGGAUGUUCUGAUAAAUAAUGCGGGGAUAUUCCAGUGUCCGUACAUGAAGACAGAGGAUGGUUUUGAGAUGCAAUUCGGCGUAAACCACUUGGGUCACUUCUUACUCACCAACCUUCUUCUGGGCCUCCUCAAAAAUUCUGCUCCAAGCAGGAUUGUGGUAGUAUCCUCAAAGCUUUACAAAUAUGGAGAGAUCAACUUUGAAGACUUGAACAGUGAAAUAAGUUACAAUAAAAGCUUUUGUUAUAGCCGGAGUAAACUGGCUAAUAUAUUAUUUGCAAGGGAGCUAGCACGUCGAUUGGAAGGGACGGGAGUCACUGUCAAUUCACUUCAUCCUGGGAUUGUCAGAACAAAUUUAGGCAGGCAUGUGAAUAUUCCUUUGCUGGUAAAACCCCUAUUCAAUUUGGUGUCAUGGGCUUUCUUCAAAACACCUCUGGAAGGAGCCCAAACUUCUAUUUAUUUGGCCUCUUCUCCUGAGGUUGAAGGUGUGUCAGGGAAAUAUUUUGGGGACUGCAAAGAGGAGGAACUCCUACCCAAAGCCAUGGAUGACUUGGUUGCAAGAAAGUUAUGGGAUAUCAGUGAAGUGAUGGUUGGAUUAUUGAAAUGAGUGCUGGGGUAUCUGCUAAAAAGGAAUGCAGAUAACUAUGCAAUGUGUAUUUGAAACAGUCUAAUUCUCACUUUGAGUGCUGUGGGAACACAGGUUAAUGCUCAGAAUUAUUUAAUAGAGGAGUGAUUUAUGCUGGAACUGUUUUGAAACAAAGGAUAAUCUUUAUUUAAUGGGUGCAGACUUUCAAGAAAAAUCUGAAAUAAAGUUUGAGGGUGUGAAUAUUUCUGAUUAAAUCUGUUCAGAAACUCAUGUUCUACAAAUAAAUAUUAAACAAAACUG